AUGCUAGGUUGUAAACCAGCAGAGUCUCCCAUUGAGACAAAUCACAAAUUGCAAGCUGGAGUUAGGGAAUCCGUGGAUAUUGGGAGAUAUCAAAGGUUAAUUGGCAGACUGAUUUACCUUUCACAUAUCAAACCAGAUAUAGCAUAUGCAGUGGGUCUAGUGAGUCAGUAUAUGCAUGAUCCUCGUGAAUCUCAUUUGGAGGCUAUUUUUCGUAUCUUGCGAUACUUAAAAUCUGCACCUGGGAAAGAAUCUCUUUUCUCAAAGCAUGGCCAUCUUCAGAUUAAGGCCUUUAUAGAUGGAGAUUAG